CUAAAAAACGCCAGUUGAUUUGUCGGUGUUGUGGGAACCAGACGGACUGUUGUCCUCUCUCUUUUUCGACGCCGAAGCUUGCAGAGCUUCAAAUCGCUUCUGUUCUGAAGGCGGCUGACUUGUGCUCGUAUCCGAACGCCGAAGGCAUCAGAGCGUCUUCGGGUGAAAUUUCAGGAGACCGAUUCAUCUGGGGUCUAUUGUUGACGGCAAUGACCUUGUUGAAAAGAUGGAUGUCGCAUGUGUAACGUGAUGAAAUAAGUGGUUUAUCUUGAAGGAUGACAGUUAUCGAAAGAAUUUCAAGUCUGGAUGUUCUGGGUAACUUGACGACCAGAAAAAUGUCGGUGCAGACGAUCUCACGUAGAUAGAAAGACACUUCAUUCGCAAGAAAAUAAGAUCCUCUUCAAAUUACCCUUCACUCUGUUAGAUCUGAACUGCCAUGACUUUUACGAGUGACGAGAAGACUCGAGACAAGUCUUGCGAAGUCUACAAGUGACGAGAAGUCUAAUAAGCAAGAAGUGGUCAUUGCUCGUAACGUAUCAGCCUAAAGUCUUUCCCAUCCCAACCACUGCUGCUUGUGCAGACAAGGAGAAGAAGCGCUGCUUAGAUGUUCAAGAUAAGGGCAGGAUGGGAAAUGCCAAAGAUGCUGCUGACUUGGUCUCUCGUACCCCCGACGGGGGGUGGGGGUGGAUGGUGGCCGGGGGGUGUGCCAUAAUGCUGUUCCUGCUCCCUCUCCUGACGCUGUGUUUCUCCAUCCUCUUUUCGGGGUUCCUGCUGGACCACGAGGCCUCUUCCACGACCACGGCCUGGAUCUUCAACGCCCACAUCCUCCUCUGGAACCUGAUGGGGCCCUUCGCCGGACCCCUGACGAAGGAACUGGGGUUCCGGAAGCUGUGCCUGAUCGGAGCUGUCAUGGCUUCUAUCAGUGUGCUCGUCUGCGCGUUUUCGUCCAGCACGACUUAUCUCUUGGUCUUCUUCUCGUUUGCAGGUUUAUUCGGGGGGCUGACGUGCAAACCCUGCUACCUCAUCAUCCCCCUGUACUUCGACAAACGACGCGGAAUGGCCAACGCCAUCCUCAUGGCGGGCAUGUGCACGGGCCAGUUCGUGGCCCCGCCCUGUAUCCGUUACCUCCUGAGGCACUACGGCUUCACGGGCGCCACGAUCAUCGUCAGCGCCAUCCUCCUCAACUGCUGCGUCGGGGCGUCCUUCUUCCACCCCGUCGAGUGGCACUUGAAGCCGGCCGCUCCCUCCAGCAUCGGGAAGUCGGCCUCCGCCCCGAUCCUCCACGAAUCCGUGGCCAAGAUGAAGCAGAGCGAGGAGACCCGCUCGCUCAUCGACGAGAGGGAAGAAGAAGAAGAAGAAGAAGGCGCUGAGCUCAUCUUGUCCGGGAAGCAGCAGCAGCAGCAGCAGCAGCAGACGCCCCUGACGCCCAAGGCCGUCCUGAGGGCGCGGGUCAACCGGCGGACGAGCGAGUCCUCCAACGUCUCCUCCAUAGCCAUUUCCAUGGUGGAUCUCAGCUCCGUCGCCCACCAACCCGACGACGAGAAGAGCUUUGACAAACUGGAGGAGAAGGUCGCCGACCCCUCCGGCGGCGAGCCGUCCUUGGUCGUCAGGGUCGUCAGGUCGCUGAUAAAUGACCUGGGCAUCCUCAAGUGCCACCGGGCGCAGAUCAUCGCCUUCGGAGGGCUGUUCCUCAUCAACGGCUACCUGAAUUUCAUGAUGGUGUUCCCCUUCGCCGUCCAGGCGGCCGGUUACUCCUUGGAGGACGCCGCUUGGUGCGUCUCCAUCACGGGCGCCUGCAACUUCAUAGCCAGGCUCGCCGCGUCGGUUUUGUCAGACUAUUCUUGGUUUAAUAUGCAGCUGAUGUACGUCGUGGGGGCGGUUAUCAUAGCUGCGUCCACUGGAGUUUUCAGCUUCUUAACGAACCUGACCUUGAUGAAGGUCACCCUGGCAUUUUGGUCACUGGGCAUUGGCAUCAACAUAUCCCUGUACCCACUGGUGAUGGCCAGGGUCAUGGGCGUGCACAACAUGCCCGCUAUUUUUGGCACUCAGUCCCUGGUGGUCGGGCUGGGCUAUGUGGUCAUAGGACCGCUCAUAGGUUACGUCCGCGACGUCACCGGGAGCUACUCCGUCAGCAUGUGGCUGAUGUCAGCCGAGGUCUGGCUCUGCGUCCUCCUGUGGUGCUUCAUGCCGGCCGCCAUCGCAAGAGAUCGGAAGAGAGACGAAAUGAAGGAGGAAGCAGAGAACGCCAAUGUGUUGUAGUAGAUAUUUUAUAUAUAUACAUGUUUCCUGUUAUGCUGUCGGUCCCGCCUUGAUGGCGGGAUGUCGAAAUACACUUAUAUUUUUUA